CACUGCAUCAACACACUCACACAAUUUCGAAGUCUUUCAAAGCGAACGGUGGUGCGUGCGCGUCCGGUGUUGUUUCUUUUCCUUUUCGUUAGUUCAGAAAUCGUCCAAACUUUGCAGUAAAUUAUCAAACCAAAAUUGUACGGUAUAUGUUUUCGAUGUUUAUUGUCAAGUUUCGUCUGUGGAUUGUUGAACAAACCCGGUAAAGAAAUACGGGUUGCAGUGUUGUUUUUCGCGUAAAAUUUGUGUUUUUUUGGGCAGUGUAUGGUGUAGUUCUUUUUUUUUGGCUUGUUGGUGAAUAAAUGAAGCCUUCUCAAAGCUAAACGUGCUUCCAACUGGUGAAAUUGCUUCACCACAGCAGAGUGCCGUGGAAAAAGCCUUGGGAAGUCGUGAAAAAAGGUGUGGAAAUUGCGUGCGUACAGCUGCAUGUACGCGGUGCACAGGGUUGCACUUCGUUCGUAGAGCAGAAGGUUUUUCGUUGGUGUGAUGCAAAACUAGGUGCAAAAAAAAAGGUUAUGUGAAGAAAGCCUCGGACGGCUUGUGGCUCGUGAAAGGAUAUAUGUGUAGGAAGGAUACUGCGGUGUGCGGCGCAGCUGUGAGUUCAAGGUCUUGCAGAUUUCGGGCACUCUUCUCGACCAUUCGCUUAAGCAUUCAAAUGAAUUGUAAUACGUGAAUCUAUUUCUAGCAAAAGUAAUGUUUUCCGUUCGUGACUGCUAGUGGCGAUUCCGUGGCGAAUUGAAUGAAAUGAUACUCUGUGGUACGUGAAGCGUGAAGCAGCAAAGAUACAAACCUAGCGAGCUGCAUGACGCAGUUGUAACAGCCCAUUUUUGGCCUUUCCCACGAUGGAGGACGUAAAUCAAGAAUCUACCCUACCGGAGGAGGUACUACCGUCCGUCGAUGGCGAUGAAACGCGACCGAACGGUGAGAUGGACACGACGGCCGACAACGACGAGCUCGAGGUGGAACAACAGCCGGAGCGACUGUUGGGUCAGGAUGUGGAUUCUACCAAAUCUUCCAUGGAGAGUUCCUUUACCGUGACCGACUGCAACUGUUCGUCGCUGAUCGAGCGCACGGAAAAGUUGGACGCGAAUGAAUUGCAGCUGGACGCGAAGGUGACCGAACUGAUCGAGGAUCUCAUCAAGCCGCACGAGCAGGAACGUGGCGUCGGGCCGACGACAGGUUGCGAGGAAAAGUUUAAAGUUCUCACGAUCAACGACGAGGUGGAGAGUGUGGCGAGCGGCAAGGGAACGGUGACGGUUGUGGGCAGCGGGGAUGGCAGUGAUAGUGGGGUAGAAUUUGGUGCCGGAUCCGGUUCCCUUACCGAUACCGGCGUGUUGCAACGUGCGCUCAGCAACAAUAGUGCCGGUUACGCAAGUAGCUGUUGCGGUUUGGACGGUGAACCGACCGGAAUGAGUAUGUCGUGCAACUCGAGCAUGAUAAGUUACAGCUCGGAUAUCUACGACAAGACUGGCAAUACGGUGCUGUGCGGCCGGCUGAGCACGGACUACUGUGCGAGCGAGGGCGGUAGCGAAAGUUCUUCCGUGACCGGUGGACCGGUGAGUUCGCUGCGUAAGGUGGGCGCCGCGAUCAAGAAGAAGGUGGCAGUGAAGGAACCACCCUCGAAUCGUUCGCCUAGAAAAUCAUCCGAGAGCGUGUCCAGCAGUGGCCGGAGCAGUUCCCGUUCGCGUGGCUCUUCGUUGGGCCGUUCGGUGUCACUGAAUUUGAAAACAAUUCCAGCAUCGGCGGCAAAUGUUGCUGCGGCCGCGGCUGCCAGAGAGCGUGCACGUUCGAGAGAUAAAUCGGCUUCCUCAACCGGUGUUUGUGCCGGGGCACCUGCCAGUUCCAUGUCGGCCAGCACGAAUCGCAUCUUGCAAACACCGACCAAACCAAUGCCACCGCCGAGACGUCCACUGAAACCGGACUCUCUGCCAACGGGCAUCAAGGAUUCGCCGUCCGGUCAGCGAGUAACUGUGUCGCGUACUCCGUCCAUUACCCGAGGUCGCACACCCUUGGGUACACCGACGGAUGAUGGUCGGUGGCCGUCCGUUGGCGGUAAGGGCGGAGUCAGUUGCAGCGGUGGCAAUACGACACCUCGUUCCAUGCGAGCAAGUUCUGCUGCGCCGGACGGAACCAUGUCCAUCAAAACACGCAUCGGACCAUUAUCGUUGGACGGUGGUAAAGGUGGCAACGGUGCGCCCAUGAGUUUACCGGUUGGGGUGGAUAAGUUCGCCACCCUUCCUAGGCGACGAAAAGAACGCUCGGCUGAAGAUUUGAAGGCUGGCAUCGGCGGGGGAGGAUCCGGUUCGCGUAGCAAUUCGGUAACGCGCGAUCAGGUCUCCAACCGUAUGGCAAUGUCACUGUUCAAGAAGCUACCGCCCAACACGAAAACGGAGCGUGAUCUGAACACCUCAAACAAAGUGUCCUCCCUGUCCGCUUCGUCCCAUCCCCGGUUGACAUCGUCGGCGAAGAAGUUAACACAGAAAACAAAGAUCUACCACGAAACGAGCGUCCAGACGGCCAUCACCUGCAAGGAUGUGGAGGAUGCGUUCGGGGGCAAUGCGCGCAAUGUACGCAUCGAUGCCGUCGAGAUGGUCAGCAAACAAACACAGUCCGACAUACACGACAAGGAGAUGGAACGGUUGGCGGAGAAGCUAAAGAAGGUGACCGGCGAGUAUACGUCGCUCAUGUCGAAGCUGUCGGAGAAAUCGCAGAUGGUGACGUCUCUGGAGCAGAAGCUGCUGAUCGAGCGCGAAGAAAAACUGGCCGCCCAGAAAGAGCUACAGAACAACACGGAUCGUGUACUCGGAAUGCUGGAAUCGAUGCAGGCCAUUCCAAACAGCAACGAUACGGAAGAGUGUGAUAGUUUACUGAUGCUGGAAUCGCAGCUACAGCUGUCCGGCACAGUGCUGGAGAAGAAACAGGAAGAGAUCGUACGCCUGCAGUCGAUCUGCCGGGCGUUGCAGAAGGACUUGGGGCGAUCGCUCAAGAACCAGGAAGAGUUACUGCGCCAGAAGACUGAGCUGGAGGAGGAAUCGAGCGAAAUGCAAGAAUUUUUGCAGUUGGAGAAACAAUUGUGCAUGGAUACGUUGAAGGAAUCCGAGCAGGAGGUUAGCAUGCUGCGGCAAAGUUUACUCCUCAAGGAGAGCAACAUUGAUCGGCAGCAAGAAGAAUGUCGUCAUCUAGUCCGUAUCGCUGAACAGAGGAGACAAGAAUAUUUGGGAAUGCAAGCAAAGUACAAUGCCCUGGAGAGUCGUUCCAAAGACAUUCUGCUACAGCAAGGAGCUGCCGUGUCUGGAGCGUCCGUUGCACUUUCAGGAUUAGGCUCACGGCUGGAUAAUCUGGUCGAACAGUUGAUAGCUUCCUACAACAUUUCAGAACAGGAUCUCGAGGACGUAAUCUACCAUAACGAAGCGUAUACAAACAGCGCAAGUAGUGGUGAUGGCAGUCCGGAAUAUGAGCAAACUGCUGAUGCUUACACGGGCAAACAGCAUCAACAUUCGCAGCAACAAUACCAUCAGCCCCAAACCUCAGAUUCACAUUCGGUGACCGCGAAGGGAAGUGCAAAGACGGUUAGUGAUGGAUGUGCCGUACCGCUUUCACCACAGCGUGGCCAAUCGUUCAUAGCGGCAGUCAUUAGUGCUAUCAAGAACGCGACUAGUAAAACGGCUACCACCAAGUCAACUGUAGUCACUGCGAACGGUGCAAAUGCAACCAACAAGGAGGGUCGAGAAAAUAAUGGCCACGAAUCCGAUUCAACAGAAAUGCUUGAUUCGGAAACGGAACCAUGCCUAAUGAUGGACAAUGUGCUGGAAGACGUCACGAUGCCGGAUUCGCAUUCCCACAACAUGGUUUCAUCGUCCACCCGUAUCUCGCAGAUCGAGAUGCCAUCGUCGCUGGAGAGUGGUGUGGGAGCGAACAGUAACGCCAUGACGAUGGCACACGAUGAAUCGCUUGACAAUCUUUCGCAAGCCAUCGCCAACCGGCAGCAGAUCGAACUGCAGUCGAACAUGAUCGCUAGUGGACGCUCGUCACGAUUCCAUCACUCGGUCAGCAGCAAUGAUCAGCAGCAGGCGCGCAAUACAGUGUCAGCGGUAACGUCAGCGGCGGUCGCCGUAACGACAGCACCGGACCAUACAACCGCAAGCCAUUCUUCAUCGCUGGACGACGAAGAAAACAGCUGCUGCGGGGAAGCAUCGAUGGCCGAAAUGCCUUCUAUCUGCGAGUACUGCAAUGCGCAAUCGCUGGUAGAUCAAGUGAUCGAUGUGGACAAUCUGAUCACGAAGCUGCUGAAGGUUCUGAGGAUCGUCCAGAUGGAUAAUGAUCAUUGCAUACAGGAGCUGAUCAAUCAUAAGAACAAACUGGCGAUCUCCAACGAAGAGAUUCAGGACCGUGUGAAGGAGUACGAGGAGCUAAACUAUAAGCUGCAGGAUGAUCUGAAGGAUGCCUAUCAUCAGCUAGAGGUGCGAGGAAGUGAAAUAAACAGCAACAAGGUGGAGUUGUUAAAGCACCGCAAGGAAAUUGAUAAAUUGAAUGAAGACAUUUGUCAGUUGAGCACACUGUGCAGUGAUAGCAAGCAGGCGAAGAAGAUUGUGAUCGAUCGGGAGGAGAUCUUGAACGCAUUUAAGCUGUGCAACGAGGAUGGAGUAGUGCCGGAACAGGAACUGUCGCAGUUUAUCGUUCAAGCAUGCACUGAGAUACCUAAAUUGAAGUCAAAAUUGUAUGAAAAAGAGCAGCAGUUAGCCACGAUGGCAAGCAAUGCUACAAAUGGGGCCAAUUUCGUGAUGACUGCCAGCUGGCACCAGGCGUUGAACGAAGCGAAGCGUCAAUAUGAAGCCAUCGAUCGCGCUUUGGAGACAUUGGACAGCGUUAAGUCGAUAGUGCAAGAAACGCCCGCUCUGAUGGAACUGCAGCGCGAUCUGGAGGAAACAAACUUUGCCUCCGCGUCCAGCUUUCCGCUAGUAACGGCGGCUCAGCUUAAUCAACUCAACUGUGGCCAGGCCGGUACAAACGGCAAUGGGGCCGGUGUGGUAAACGGCAACGGUAUUAUCGAUUUGAAUGCCAACGAAACGACACUCGCCAACGAGGCGGGAAGUGUUGUUGCAGCUGAUGCGAGCUGCUACAUUGAUUCGACUGCUUAAUCUUAAUAUGGACCAGUUUAGUAGGUAGCAUUGAUUUAUUUAUUAUUUUUCCUUCUUUCAAGGUGGAUUGUGUAGCAUUCAUUUUAUCGUGAUUCUUAUAGCACCUUUGAAAUUGUCUUCAAUCGAUUGAGGAUGUGCAGUUAUUUUUUUCUCUCGUUUUUUUUGUGGUUCGUUAUUAUUCAUUCGUUAUCAUGCGUAUGAUCGCCACAAGAAAAAAAGAUAUAUUGCAUUUUGUUUAUUUAAUUCACUUAUUUACAACAAAACACAAGUCGAGCUUCGCAUCAAGUAAGAAAAGUCGUACCGAGAGGGUUAAGAGAGAUUAUGAAAAGUAUAAAAAACUGGAUCUUUAAACAAUAGCAAACAAAUAAACAAUGUCCCUUUCUAGUUCCAUAGCUAAUGCUAAAUCGUAGAUUAUGAUUGAGAUUUGCCGUUCUUGACAUUACAUAGACUCGAUUAAAGCCGUUAGAAAGCUGCAUGGUAGAAAGCAAGAGUAGAAAACGAUUUAUCUCCAUUGCAGAUGUGUUACUGGUGACAAAUAAGUGUUACGAUAAUAAUUUAUUUCUUAAGCGCAUUUGGCAAAUAGACACUGCAUACUUCCUGAAAAAAGGUUAGAUGGCUUCGUUAUCAAGCGUAGAUAGAUAAGGUCCAAUGUUGUAGCAUAAAUGAAGAAGAAAACGGCCCAUUGAUAGUUCCCACUUCGCACCGCACUCAACUGUUUUAGCCAUGUGCACGUUCGUAUCCUCCGUCAGGUAUUCCACCGAGGGCGACAAUAUUUCUUCUAAACUCCGUUGAAAGUUCCAUGCCCGUACGUUUUAGCUGUAGAAAAUAUGAAACACUUCUAGAAUUCCUUCCAUAAGAUAGAUAGUUACGAAACGUUAGGGGAGAAAACAAUCGAAACCUCCAAUUGGUGGCAGUUAAAAGUAGAUUUGAAAACGAUUUUAAAAAAAGGAAUUGAACGGUGAACCAUUGCCACGUAGCGGUAGCGUCGAAACUACCGACUAAGCCUUUAUAUAGUGGUUUGUUCCUGUCUACACCAUCAGCACUGCCCGCAAUCGUACUGGUGACGGAACCCCUAUCGCCAGUACCGACACUUCCGAUGUUAGUUGUUUCAUUUGUUUUUUUUUCUCUAGCAUUUAUUAUAGUCUUUUCUCGGUGUAGGAGAAAACGCAUCUAUAUAUAAGCGUCAUUGCUGAGAGUACAUUCUAGUUGAUUUCGUUUCCUCGACAGUUGCAAGGACUGUCAUCCCUGUGUAGUAGCAUUUGUUUUACGUUAGGUUCGGUUAUUCUUUUUGUUGUCAAAAUUAAUAGAAAAUAUGUUGCUCCCCCGGGGCCCUUCUUAUUGUGCUUUGUAAAUAUUUCUGGCGUAAGUGACACAUGAACGAUGUAAAUUUUGUAGAUUAUACAUUUAGUUUGUUUUGUUCUCUUUACCUUAUCUUACUCAUUUCUCCUAAUGCUAAGUUUAUCUGUAUUGUGUUUUUAUCCGGUUUUAUUUUCAACCUUCUUUACUUAUUAUUUGUUUAUAUAAAAUUUUGUAGUGUAUAGCAAAGUUUCUUUUCCUCGUCUAAAGCAAUUCACUAUCCUUCACUGCUCCGGGAUAAUGCGUUCGUUUUGGCACUGGUGUUUGAAGUAAAAUUCCCUUUAUGCAACACCGCACAUACACACACAUACACACUCUCAUAUACAUUCAAAAAUAUUUAACGAACUGCUCUAGCUUUCACACAGUUUGCACGAUGUAUCAAACUUUACAGAAAACAAAGAGCAAACAAUAGGAAGAAAAAAAUAGUGUAAAUCCGAGCAAGUGGCACAUGAUGUGUGAUGGUGUAGACAUGUAACAAAAGGAGAAGAAAACAGCAAAACAUAAACUGAUAAAAGAACAUUAAAUUGUCGAACAACGCCAAGCAUUAGGACUGCUAGCAAUAAAAGAAAAUCGUUUUAAAUACCGUAGCUGAAGCUGAUUCUCCCGAUGGAUUAGUUGUCCAGUUUCGGAUAAACAGAAUUCGUUCGAAUUUAACUAAAAAGUAAGCCACAAAACCCUAAGCGAGCCAAUUGAACAGAUACGAAGAAAGCCUUUAACAAACAAACGCGACAGUAUGGAAUAAUCUUAAUGUGUAUAUCCUGCAAUGUGGAUAUCGCUGUCCGUAAAGUAAUGAUACAGACUAAAGCAUAAAUGUACUACACGUUGUGUGCGAACAUGAAAGUAACCAAUCAGUAAUCAAAAUAUGCCAUUUGCAUGAGCGUGUGGGAGAGAUCGUGUGGGUAAAACAAGUAGCAAAUAUUUGCAUGUAAUGUGUUGUUGAAAAGUUCUGCAGUACUGGAAUGCAACAUGAAAAAGUGUUAUAAGUAAUAAUGCUACAAUGCAGCAAAAAAUAGUCGAUAAAUACACACCUACUUGGCAUUACUCCAACUCUGUACGGUCUUCGUAAGGUUACAAUUAAUAAAGUACUGCAACUUUACCCAACUAUUUUGUGAAUAAAAGUUAAAUAAAGCGUAUGAUUGUGAUUUA